AUGCUUGUGUCACAAUCUCUCCUCUCACUUGGGUCCAUAUUCAGCGCGGUGACUACUCUGCCAGGAUGCGGCGAAGUGAAUGUCUUCUACACCGGCUUGCCUGGUCGGCAUACGUAUGUUACGCAGCAAGGCUACGAUGCCGCGCUUGUUGAGGCGCAGAUCUUCAACCAUACGCGCCAGCUACGGGAAGCGGGAUACAACGUACGAGCGGUCUGGAGAGGUCCCGAGAUACCGGGCACAGAAAUGAGUAAGCAUAUGAAAGAUGUCCACUGGCAUGUCGCUGGUGUUGGUUUUGGAGUUCGAGGAUCUCAGAUUUUAGAUGUGAUCACGCUCUUCGAAGAAACCCUUGAUAUAUACCGCGAAGAAGCGCCGGAUGCCAAACUCGUGUUCAACUAUAAUCCGUUGACCUUUUUAUGGUCUGUUAAACGGUAUUUCCCGCUGUCGAGUGACUGUAAAGAUCGCCCGGGAAAGGAUUUGGGAUACAUCACGAUUUGCGAUGGUGCGUGUACUUGA